UGGACGACCUGGUCGUCGUGGACGGUACUAUGGAGUUGUAAAUACUGCCUGUGUUGCAGAAGUAAACAGCAGUAAUUUACAAAAUGUUUGACGUAGCAUUAAUGGAUGCUGGUGCGCAGGUUGUUCUAGCAACAUCUAGUGACGAGAAUCACCCACCAGAAAAUAUGCUUGAUGGGAGUUUGGAGACAUUCUAUACGACCACAGGAAUGUUCCCUCAGGAAUUUAUCAUCUCCUUUCAAUCGCUGAUGAAUAUUAAUAAAAUAAAACUACAUUCCUAUCAGGUGAAUGAAGUCAGUGUUUCCAGAAGUGUGCAAAACGACAAGACAGACUUUGAAACAUUGGCUGACAAGGCAUUCACAAAAACAGAAGGAUCACUGCAGAAUGAGGAAUUCAGUUUUGAAGCAACCACAGCACAUCAUUUGAAGUUUGUCAUCAAGUCGGGACAUGAUCUCUUUACGUCAAUCUAUCGUGUACACGUUGACGGAAGUGCAAUACAUCAGUGACAUUCGCUCGUACUCUAGCAAUCGCACAUUUUCUAUCUUGCUUCAGAUUGAAAAAAAAGUUUUUUCAAAGAUAUGUGGGACCUUAGUAACAGUAUCCAAGGGGUGAGGCUUAUCGAAACGGCAUCCAAGAGGCAGGCUUAUUGGAACAGUGUCCAAAGGUCGGGCUUAUUGGAAUGGUAUGCAAGGGGUGUGGCUUAUCAGAAUGGUAUCCAAGCGUCGGGCUUAUUGGAACAGUAUCCAACGGUCGUGCUUUUUGGAAUGAUAUCCAAGGGUCGAGCGUAUUGGAACGGUAUCCAAGGGUCGGGCUUAUUGGAACGGUACCCAAGGGUCGGGCUUAUUGGAACGGUAUCAAGGGAUGUUUUGCUAUGUUUAAUUAUAAUAGUUUAAUAUAUAAAAGUUUAAUAAUAAUAAUAAUAAUAAUAAUAAUAAGAGUCGGGCUUAUUGGAACCAAGAGUCGGGCUUAUUGGAACGGUAUCCAAGGGAUGUUUUGCUAUGUUUAAUUAUAAUAGUUUAAUAUAUAAAAGUUUAAUAAUAAUAAUAAUACUAUAGCGUGUGUAUGUGUAUUAACAGUGCCGUAACAGUUAUAGGCCCUCACUGGCUAAAGCGGGGGGUCCUGUACUUUAAGGGGCCUGUUUAUCCGAACGGUAUCCAAGAGGCAGGGCUGAUCGGAAUGAUUUAUUACUGAAAGGUUUCACAUGUCACAAGAUGCAAGUUUUAUGUUUUGAAUUUAGCUAACUGUACUUAUCCUUGUGUUGCUUAAUAGCAUGGCUAUGUGUAUGUUUAACUGCUGUAG